AUGCGUCGUGGUUUCCGAAAGGUGGCAUGGGCCAACUAUUGUGUUGCACUUUUCCCGUUGAUGCGGUGCCUUCAGACCCGGAGUGAAUUGCGCAACAUUGCAGUUAUUGCACACGUUGAUCAUGGCAAAACAACACUAGUUGAUAGUCUGCUAAAGCAAUCCGGUACUGUGGUGGAAGCCCGCAAUCGUCUUAUGGACAGCAAGGAUCAAGAAAAGGAACGGGGUAUUACUAUUCUUGCUAAGAAUACUGCUAUCCUUCUUCCUUCAAAAUCUGGUGAGGCACAGCGACGGGUUAAUAUUGUAGACACUCCAGGUCACUUGGAUUUUUCGGGAGAGGUUGAACGUGCACUUCAAAUGGUAGAAGGCAUUCUUCUUCUUGUUGAUGCCAAGGAAGGUGUACGCCCUGGUACACGCUACGUUCUUCGAAAAGCUCUUGGUCUCAACCUUAAGGCAAUUGUCUGUCUUAAUAAGAUUGACAAGGAUGAUACCAAUAUAAAAAAAACUGAGGAUGCUAUUCAAGAUCUUUUCUUGGAAACUGCAGAUAAUGAUGCUCAGUUAGACAUAUCUUUUAUGUAUGGAUCUGGUCGUGACGGAUAUAUGAAUGAAACACCAAAGAAGGAUGGAACUCUUGACCCUCUUUUUGACAAGAUCUUUAGUACUAUUCCUGCCCCACAGUCAGAAGAAGGAGGGAAAUUGCAAAUGCUUGUGGCUCAAGUUGAUGUAAAUGAGACUACAGGACAUAAAAUUGCCAUUGGUCGUAUAUUCAAGGGAUCUGUUUCAGUUGGUGACGUUGUUACAGUCGCUUUGGAAGAUAAACAAGUAGAUGCUCUUGUAAAGGAUAUUCAACUUUUUGUUGGAGUUGAAAAAAGCAGUGUUCAAACUGCAUCUUUUGGUGAUAUAUGCAUCAUGACUCUUCAAGAACCCAUUGGAGAAAAGGUACCUAUUAAAAUUGGAUGUACUGUUUGUCAUCAGGGAGUGGUAGAUAAAUUUCCUUACCGAAGACCUGAUGAACCUACGUACAGCCUUGUGCUACAAGCCAGUGAAGCCAGUUGGCGUAAAAAGGAAGCAAAUGAAAAUUUUGGAAAUAUUCAUGCGUUGCAAAAACGAUUGGAACGAGAAGCGAUGGUUAAUACGGCACUUCAACUUACUGGUAUUGGAACACCGCAUAUCACUUUAAUGGGACGUGGACCUCUUCAUCUUUCUGUUAUUAUUGAGGAUAUGCGUCGUGAAGGGUAUGAGUUUGAAAUUCAAGCCCCUCGUGUGCUUACUAAAACUAUAAAUGGAGAAGUAUGUGAACCAUACGAACGAGUUAAUCUUGAGUUUCGAGAAGAACUUGUAUCUGACAUGGUUUCUUUUCUGAGUAGCAAGAUGGGAGAAAUAGGUGAGAUUACUCAGUUAUCGAAUGAACGUGUUCUGAUGGACUGCGUUAUACCCGUGCGCUUCAUGUCCCACGUGCCGCUGCGCUUCCACACUCUCACGGGCGGCGACGGCGUUCUCCACCACAACUUCGAGGCGUACCGUCCAAUGGCGUCGAUCGACACCACACGCGAGACGGGCGCCCUCAUCUCCGUUGAGAACGGCGAAGCCACCGACUGGUCCCUCGCCGGUCAGGCACAUCAGGGCCGUUUCUUCGUUGUCCCGGGCGACAUCGUUUACUAUGGACAGAUUGUAGGGGAAAACAGCAAGACAUUAUUUCAGAAUCUCGGUAUCAACGUAUGUAAGCGAAAUGAGCAGCUUGGCGGACUGCGAUCAAAUGCCAAUGAUAAAUCGAACAGACGAAGAUCGUCAUACACAGCAUUUCGUGCAUCUUUUGAAGAUUGCAUCGCAUGGGUGACAGACGACGAACUGGUUACUGUGACACCGAAGUCUAUUCGCAUGCGUCAACCGAACUUCAACGGCAAAACAACGAUGCGCAACUCUAAGAAAAAAUAG